AUGACCCUUCUCCACCAUCGCCGCGACCUGGACGACAUUCGGCUCGCAUAUGAUUCCGACUAUGGUAGCAGUGAUCGGUCAUGUCAACGCGAGUCCGGAUCGGAUCGUUCUUAUAGUUCGGCACCGACACAAUACAGCUCCAGCUCUUCAAAGAGACCGCAGAGAAUCCACUACAACACUUGCGUAGGAAACGGUCAGGAAGCAACACCGCGGUACCUUGCAGAUCAACCGCCUUGUGGCAGCCCUCGUUCCUCGGUGGGCACAUAUGCUUCCGAGGUAGAAGAUGAUGAUGCAGCAGAGCUACCGGAAUAUGAAGUGCCAGAAUAUACUAUGGAGCCGUAUGCUCCGACGGCCAUUCCAGCAACGCCGUCAGACUUUUCUGAGCUUUUCCCGUCGCAUCGCAGACUCAUAGUGCGGCAUGAUGACUCCACGAUUGACGGUAACAUGAAUCUACGAAUCGAUACCGAAGUGACCAUGCACGGAGGACGAAGAUGUGACAUGAGUUUGUUCCACCUACGUAUGCACGAUCUAAGGGAUCGCGAAUUCUCUCUUCGUCGUUACUGCAGAGAUUCUGGACGUGAGGUGUGCCAUACUGGUAAACUUCAAAAGUCGCCCGUGAAUGCGCGGCCGGGCUUUCAGCGCUCUCUUAGCAAUGCUUUGAGUGGAAUGCGGUCAAAAUCAUCCGAGCAAAAAAUGCCGACACUGGCAUCGCUUGCCAGAAAUGAUUCCGGCUAUGGCUCCACCGGUGGAUCUGUUCGUUCGUCACCCGAGAAAGGUGACGAUCGGCGGCCGUCUUCUGCGCACGCGGCACUUCAGCAGGAGCGGGCUGAACCAAACACGAUCAAGCUCGAAUACUCCAACUACGCCCAGGUAGCCAUCAGGCGAGCGGGACGGACGGGGUCGAAGCGGUAUGAGUUCGAGUACUGGGGGGUUCAGUAUGUGUGGAAACGCCUUAUUCGAGACGACGGUCAGAGCCGAGCUGUAUCGUUCCAGCUUUUGAAAGGUACUUCCGAUCUUGUGCUUGCUUACAUUGUUCCCUUUUCUCUCAGCCCAGCGCAGAUGGAGGAGGAGCGAGCCAAAGGUGGCUGGAUACCUCCGUGCUCCCUGUGGAUCGCCGACGAGACGAUCGUGUCUGGUCCAAAGGACGUUGCAGAUGUGAUUGUUUCCUCUGGCCUGAUCGCUCUUGUAGACAACUGCAUCAAUGAGCGCUUCCAUUCAAAAGAUUCGAAACAGCUCUUCGUCCCCAGACUGCAGCUCGGUGUGGAGUACAUCGGGCCCAAAAGGCUGAUCAACGAGAUGUUCAAGAGAAAUGCCAGUGGUACCCACAGUCGUCGAUCGUCGACUGGCCGGCCUCCCAGCAGCGUUUCGGGACCUACUGGUCCAACCCGGCAGACAAGUCAAUACUGA